AUGUUCAAAAGGUACGGGGAAAGAUCCAAUGCACGUGUGAGUGUCCUUGCAGCCGCAUUGAUGAUCAUCUUCGUGUGGCUGUCAGGUUCAGCUACAGCGACGUGUCCACGCAGAACCAAGUCAAGUCAUCCGUGCAGAGGAAGAUCCGAACAGACGUGAGCUGAAAACAUCGCCCCGCAUAUGCCGCUGUGGAGAUCUUCCUUGUGUGUGUCAAUGGUGGACAGUUGCUCGAGCAGUUCCCACGCCUUGACCCUGUCAUCGAUGACAUUCUUCCGAAGAAAAGCCCUCUAGUCAUCGCCAAAUGGUCAGCGAGGUGCCGCAGGUUCAUUCUGCAACACGUGUGUGUUAGCUGUUAGCUGUUUGUGUGUUGUGCAGCCCCAACCAGAUCCAGGUCGUGUUGGUCAACAGCGUGCCGGUGUGUGUGCAGUCGCGCGACGGCCCAUGGGUGCCCACACUGAGGCUGCUCCACCAGCGUGAGCGACAUGAAAGCACUGCACUGCCCUGUACUGCAUCCCUCCCCCUUUCAUCUCCAUGCCUCCGUGUGGGUGUGAAACAAAUAUAUGGAUGGGAUGGCAUUGAUUGAUCAGAUCCGUCGAUGAUGCCGAAGAUGCAGGCCGACAAGGGCGCGACCAAGUUCAUCAUGGGCGGCGCCAACGUCAUGUGUCCGGGCCUUACGCACCCCACUGGCGGCAGGAUGGAAGACGUGGACAGGGGAGCUGUCGUGGUCAGUCAAUCGGGAAGCGAUGGAUGGAUAAAUGGAUAAAUGGAUGGAUGGGGGAAUGGACCAUCGACAUGUGCCGUGCUGGUUGUUGUCUGUCUGUCUGUCUGUCUGUCUGUCUGUGUUCAGCAAAUUCUGCUCGAGGGGAGGGAGCAUGCCUGUGCGGUCGGCAUCAUGACUAUGAGCACCGCUGAAAUGUACGCACCCAAGUACAACCUUGGUACCUGUGUGCUCUCUCCACCUUAAUCGUAUUGUGUUCUGUUGUGCGCUUUCUCUCCUCGGCUGUGUCGUCCAUCCAUCCAUGCAUCAGUCGGAAGGAGAACAAGGGUGUGUGUAUAGAGGUGGUCCACGUGCUCAACGACGGACUGUGGAAGGUACGCAGGCGACGACCGCCACCGCGUGUCUGUCACCUCACCCCUGUCUGUCUGCACACGCCUGUACGUGCUGUCUGUCCUCUUUGGCAGACGAAUCACUUCGGCUGA